UUCCUGCGCGCCCCUCCCCCGGCGCGGGCUCCGGCGGCCGAGCAGGAGCCCGCGGCACAGUGAGCAUGCUCGGCUCCCGGGCUGGGCGCCCCCGCCGCGCGCCCCGCGUGUCCGCGCAGUCGGCUCGCAGCGGGCUGUGAGCGCGGCUUUGUCCUGGGAAGCGGGCUCCGCGUUCUCCUUCCUCGCCGCUUCCCGCUGCCGGGAUAGCCUCGCCGACGCUCCCGCCCGCUUUCCUCCGCCGCGGCGAGGCCCCGGGACGCGCGCCGGACGCCCGUCCCCCAGGAGGGGUCUGAGCCGGGUUUUGCGCGCGCCCUUUCUUUCUCUUUCAACUUCGCCGGACGCUGUCGGCUCCCGGGCCGGCCUCGGCGCCGAGCAGAGGCGGGAGGCAGCCGCCACCGGCGCGCAGCGUCCUCUCCGGGGGCGCGGGCGGAGAGCUGGUUUCCUCGCGCGCCGAUAAAUGCUGUUUAUGAGGAUGGACCUGUUGAACUUCCAGUACCUGGACAAGAUGAACAACAUCGGCAUCCUCUGCUACGAAGGUGAAGCUGCUCUCCGGGGAGAACCCAGGAUGCAGACCCUGCCGGUGGCCUCUGCCCUCAGCAGCCACCGCACCGGCCCGCCCCCCAUCAGCCCCAGCAAGAGAAAGUUUAGCCUGGAACCGGGGGACGAGGACCUCGACUGUGAAGCUGACCACGUCGCCAAGAUGGGCCGCAUCUUCAGCCCCCACCUGAACAAGACCAGCAAUGGAGACUGCCGCAAGGACCCCCGGGAGCACAGCCGCAGCCCCAUCGAGCGAGCCGUGGCCCCCACCAUGGGCCUGCACGGCGGCCACCUGUACAGCUCCCUGCCCAGCCUCGGCGUGGAGCAGCCGCUCGCCCUGACCAAGAGCAGCGGGGACACCGGCAGGGCGGCUGGCCUCUCACCCACACUCACGCCCGUGGAGCGGCAGCAGAACCGGCCCUCGGUGAUCACCUGCGCCUCAGCGGGCGCCCGCAACUGCAACCUCUCGCACUGCCCCGUCGCGCACAGCGGCUGCGCCGCGCCCGGGCCCGCCAGCUACCGGAGACCACCCAGCACCGCCCCUGCCUGCGACCCCGUGGUGGAGGAGCACUUCCGCCGGAGCCUGGGCAAGAACUACCAGGAGCCGGAGCCGGUGCCCAACUCCGUGUCCAUCACCGGCUCUGUGGAUGACCACUUCGCCAAAGCCCUGGGUGAUACGUGGCUGCAGAUCAAGGCGGCCAAGGACGGAGCGUCCAGCAGCCCCGAGUCAGCCUCACGUCGGGGCCAGCCAGCCAGCCCCUCCGCCCACAUGGUCAGCCACGGCCACUCCCCGUCCGUGGUCUCCUGAGGGCACUCGGCACCACGCCUGUCUGCAUGGUUUGCCUGAGCUUUGAACAGUCAGUACUUUAAAAAAAAAAAAAAAAAAAAAAAUCCUGGGGUGGGCGGGGGGAGGGGCGGGGCGGUCUGUCCACAAACCCGUGCUGUGGGGUUCUGUGCUCUUCUGUCUCAUACUUGCGUGACGUCCUCACGAGGGGCCCUCAACGUGCCAGGAGGCGGCGCGCGGGUCGGCGGGCGUGCUCUGUGGCGCUUGUUUCCUGCCUUGGUUACCAAAGAAACCUCUGGCACAGUGUGCGGCCGGUCAGGACUCCAGCGUCCUCAGCCACAAGCCAUGAUGACUUCGGGGGUCCCGGCACUCUGUGCCCUUCUCGUGUGCUUCCCGAGGCCCGGGGUGUGUGCGCGUGUGUGUGCGUGUGUAUACUUGAAGAGAAGCGUGCUGUCUGAUUUGCACUAUUGGGGGACGGAGGCUCUGCCUGGCAGCUGCCGCAGGACACUGGCACCCUGAGGGCAAGGUGCUGGGACCGCAGGGCGGCCGCUCCCAGCCGUACACGUUGGGGUGCAGUGAGGUUAGAGGAGCUUGGGGUGCCGCACAGGCUGCAGUCUUCUCUAGAUUCGGGGCUGCACCUGGGUCACAGGCGCCGCCGCACGGGCAUUCACCCUCUGGGAUCACUGCAGCUGUCAGAGCCUGACGUCGAGGACGCCGUAGUGCUUUAAAGAGGACUCGUGUUUUAACGGAGAAAAAAUAGCUGGUUUCUAUUAAUUGUAUAGACACUAAGCAGCCCAGAGUACUUACGGCUUCUUUUCAGAGCUAGUUUGUCAGUCCCAGACCUAGAUCUCCCUACUGCUGGUACAGUUGUACUCUGAGCUCUGUGUUUGAUCCUCUACCCACAAGGAGCGCGGGCGCCGCACCUGGCAGGCAGCGGGCAGUGGCGGGAGCAGGCGUGGGCUGCAGGUGGCCAGCACCACUGCCCCUGGGAUCCCCCCUACCUGGUGACGCCCCCCCGGGGACCCGGAUGGUGUCUCCCAGCUCCCCGGGCGCAGCCUGCUCCCCGGGCUGACCGCAGAUGGCUGUCGAUGCGCACCGUGUUCUGUGUGCUUCUGGUGCGUGGGGCCAAGGCCGUGUACAUUCCUGACUUUACCCAGUUACGACUGCAUUUAUCGUCUGCCAUAUUCACAGCUACUAACUAGACAUUAGAAGCACCCGAGACAGGGCUGUGGGUGUCCCACAGCCGCUCCUCCUCUUGGUCAGUGAGCGUUUCUGUCCCCACCCCAGGGGUCUGUGUCAGCCUGGCCCUCCAGGGGACUCGAGACGUCACCUGAUUGGGUGACACGGGCGUGGCCACCUCAACUGUGAGGUCUGAGGGCACAGGCGCCCUGAGCCAGCUCGCAGUAGGCGAGACGCCCGGCCCGCUGUUGGGUUUGGGACGUUGGGUGGGAGGGCUGGGUCUGGCUCUUGUGGUUAAGCUGGUCAGGCUGCUGCUGGCCUUCACGGAGUAGAAGGAAGUCCUCCUCCAGCCCCAGCCACUCCCACUGGACCGGGCUUCCACGCUUUGGCAUUCAGGCCCCUGUAUUUUCUGUAGGAAAAAAAAUCAUUGAGAACACUUUUUUUAUAUAGGUAACUUUAAGACCAUCAUUACGCUGUGCGUAAAGAAUGUACAGAGAAAUUUGUAGGUAUUUUUUGAAGAACAAUUAAUUUGUUAAUGAUAUGUAGCUAUUUAAUUUUUCCCUUUCCUAUCAUAAUCAUUCAUUUUUUUUUGUUGUUGUCGUUUGGAAAAAAAAGUUGAUCUUUUUUUUGGUCGUGGAUGUGUCCGUAAACGUGCAGGAACACAGGUACUCUGAGACCACCAUCCGCAUCAUAGCCACACGUUUGUUACUGCUACAGGCUACUGAGCGCGGGCCAGAGCCGCCGCCGCGGACCCUUCCUCGGCCAGUGAGUGGGCGCCGCUUGGGGACGGUGGUGCUGGUGGCCGGGUCCCCGCGCCAACCUAUCUGGGAUAGGCCGUCCCCCAGACCCGGGUCGUCCGCGGCGCGUUCUGACUCCUCUGAUAUGUGUAAAUCUGUAAUAUACCAUUCUCUGUGGCCUGUUUUUCCUGGAAGAAGAAAAAAAAAAAAGGUUUGGCAGGCCAUCUUUUUUUUGUACUUAAAAGUAGCCUUAAGAACAAUAAUAAAGUGCUCUUAAACCA